UGAAACGCUGCUCCAAAGGUCAAUAUGAUUCUCAUGUCAUACACGGCAGCAAUGAUGUGUGAACAUUUUUUCUUAAUUUGAUAGUUGAGGUUGAACCAACUUGGUGUGAACACACAAAAGUGGUUGAAACAUCAAGAGAGAUUUGCAUCUUUAUAAAACAUAUAAGAAAACCCCAAGACUUUCUAGGCUGCUUCCAUUCCAAAAUUUUCUUCUUUGUCUUAUUAAAUUGGAAUCAAUAUAUAUAUAUAUAUAUAUAUAUAUAUAUAUAUGCACUGACAUUCUACAAAAGAGCCAGUCAACAACCCCAACUCUUCAUCAACAACCUUCAAAGACUCCUAUAAAAUCUAUAUCUGCCCCUUUCUCAUUGAUCAAACAAAAGGUUUUUCACUACCCAGAUAGAGAAAAUACCUUGAAAACCAUUUUUUUGUAUCAAUUGGGACACACCCAGAUACUAAAAACUGGUUUUCACAAUCAGGGUAUUGAUCUUCUAGGCACCUUAAAACCAUUAUUUUUGAUAAAUCAAUCAAUCAUGAUGGAUAUAUCUUCAAAAACCAUCCCGUUUUCAUGUGUUUUCUUGAUUUCCCUAUUUGUUUCAUCAUCUGCACAAAGUUGCAGCACUUACACAUUUGCCAACACCAACAAUUUGUUCAGCAGAUGCAAUGACCUUCCAUACCUGAACUCUUUCCUUCACUGGAACUACCACCAGUCCAACAGCACAGUCGACAUCGCGUACCGGCACACCGGGAUUUCGUCCACCCAGUGGGUGGCUUGGGCACUCAAUCUCCAAGGGACAGGUAUGAUUGGGGCACAGAGUCUGGUUGCUUUCCACAACACCAGUGGGGCUGUCCGUGCCUACACAGUUCCUGUGACUAGCUAUGGGACUCAGAUGGCUGAAGGUAAUUUGAGCUUUAAUGUGCCAAAGAUAACAGCAGAGUAUGUCAACAGUGAGAUGAUCAUAUAUGCCACUUUGGAACUCCCAAGUAAUCAGACCACUUUUAACCAGGUGUGGCAAGAAGGUCCAGUUUCAGGGAACACACUUAAUGUACAUCCCAUGGCUAACAGUAAUAAAAAUUCUUUAGGGUCUGUGAAUUUCCUUUCGGACCAGAAUACUGUUUCACCCACUGGAGGAGCAGUGAUUCCAAGACUCAAAAGAAAAAAUGUUCAUGGAGUGUUGAAUGCAGUGAGUUGGGGAAUUCUGCUGCCUUUGGGUGCAGUGAUUGCAAGGUACUUGAAGGUGUUCAAGUCGGGUGAUCCAGCAUGGUUUUACCUGCACGUUGCUUGCCAGUCGUCGGCCUACGCCGUCGGGGUCGCCGGGUGGGCAACUGGUCUGAAACUUGGCAGUGAUUCUAAAGGACUCAAAGAGGAAACUCAUGGGAACAUAGGCUUGGUCCUCUUCAUCCUCGGAACACUUCAGGUAUUUGCCUUGCUUUUGAGGCCUAAGAAGGACCACAAAUACAGAUUGUAUUGGAACAUCUACCACCACUCUGUUGGAUACACUGUGAUUGUUCUGAGCAUCAUCAAUGUGUUCAAGGGCCUGGAAAUAUUGGACCCAGCGGAGAAAUGGAAAAAAGCAUACAUUGGCGUCCUCAUAUUCUUGGGCGUCAAUGCAGCUAUGUUGGAGGCCUUUACAUGGUACCUUGUUAUCAAGAGGAAGAAGGCUGGCUCUGAUAAACACCCGCACGCCGCCAACGGAACUAAUGGAGUUAGUGAUUAUGGAUCUAGACCACAGCAGGCAGUGUAGAGAUUAUACAUACAUAAUACAUCUAUGCUUUGUGCUAGGCUUGGUAUCUUUUAGACAGGGUUGAGAGGGGUUAUUUGGACACCAUAUCCCAAGGGAGAUUACUCUAGCUUGUGAUGUUAUUCUUUCUUCGUGUGAUUGUGAAUUUUUUAGUAGAUUAGGGUUCCCUUUAGACAUUGAUAUGGUGUAAUUUUUCUGUUAUAUAUGUAUUUAUAAUGUAAUAUAUAUAUAGUGAGUUCCUGUUUUCGUUUA